AAUAAGCCCGCCUUUAUUGUUCUCAUUUCCGUUGGUAUAAGAACACAGGAAAUGUAGUUCCUGCCAUUUUGUUCUUCUUUACCAAGGAGGACUCGUUGAUCCGUCAUGAGUUCGUUAAAAUUGCAGAAGAGGCUCGCAGCCUCUGUUAUGCGAUGUGGCCGAAAGAAGGUCUGGUUGGAUCCUAAUGAAAUUAAUGAAAUCGCAAAUACAAAUUCUCGUCAAAGCAUCAGAAAGCUGAUUAAAGAUGGUCUCAUCAUUAAGAAGCCCGUGGCUGUUCACUCCAGAGCCCGUGUCCGCAAAAAUACCGAAGCCAGACGCAAAGGUCGUCACUGUGGUUUUGGUAAAAGGAAGGGUACAGCAAACGCUCGUACACCACAAAAGGACUUGUGGAUUCAAAGAAUGCGCGUUCUUCGUCGACUAUUAAAAAAAUAUCGAGAGACGAAGAAGAUCGACAGGCACCUUUAUCAUUCUCUGUACAUGAAGGCAAAAGGUAACGUGUUCAAGAACAAGAGAGUUUUGAUGGAGUUCAUUCACAAGAAGAAGGCUGAGAAGGCGAGAGCAGAGAUGCUUUCGGAUCAGGCCGAAGCACGUCGUACUAAAGUUAGGGAGGCACGUAAACGCAGAGCAGAACGUAUUGCAACUAAGAAGCAAGAGUUACUGCAGUCGUAUCAACGCGAAGACGAAGCAGCGGCCGCGCAGAAGAAGUGAUUUAAGAAUCUUACAGACUAUUGUAUAAAUAAAACAUGAAAAAAACAAAA